AUGUCAACGACGCAACCAGGCAGCCAGAACUCCCAUGCUAGAUCUGCGUUCGCUACGUCCUCAUCCGACUUUGCACUCCCCUUCAGCGCAGCAAGAACUACACCCGACAAUGCUGCAACCAACAGCAACAACACAGCCAGCGGCAGUGGCAGUGGAAGCAGUGCAGGGUUCUUCCAAUCCAACGCUGCCUCUUCGGUGCCCAUCUCGAUCCCUUCUAGUCCUUCCCUUUCGCUGAGCUUCAAUCAGCCGAGCGACGCCCAGAACGUCCACAUGCUGGGCUCAUCACCUUCUAAGCUCGCAACUGCAGGAGCAGGACUUGGUAUCGGCAAUCUGCCCUCACCUUCGACCAGAGACCACCCGAACCCACUGGCAUACCAAUUCAACGCUCAGCCGCAGUCACCAACAUUGUCACUCGCAGGCGAAGGAUGGCCACCACCGCCGUUUACCGUCCUUCCCUCCGCUGCAUCGACCACAUCCUCAUCCGGCAGCGUAACCACCCCCGCCGCUCUGCUCCGACGUGCUCAGGCAAUGCACUCUCCCGGCUUUGCUCUCUCCUCCCCGGCGCGCUUCCGUCGAGCAAGUAUGCUGGGUCGAGAGAUCACUCCUUUCCACCUCGACAGAGACGACCGCUCGGACGAAGACGAGUCGUCUCACGACACUGCUUCGGCGCAGAAGCAGGUGGCGAGAAGAGGCUCAAAUCAGGAUCCAGACGAUGGAGAUGACGAGAUGAUGCAGGUGGAAGACGACGAUGCCAUGGCUUCACGUGCGCCCAGCACACCUGUCAUGGGUCCGCCGCUUUCGUUCUUCAGCACGCCAAACACGCCUCCCCCAGCAGCAUCUUCGCAAUUACCAGUUGCGAGACCCGGCCUAGCAUCUUCCGCAUUAGCAAGAGCGUCCGCAUCUGAUUCGGGCCAGGACAGCUCCUCGUCUGCUGGCGGCGCAGGCUUGUCGCGCCAGGUACCGCGCUCACCCUCUACUGGGCCCUCGGUGGGAUCUCCUUUCGGACAUGGAGGCAAUCGAUCCCGCUCGUCGUCCCUGCUUUCGUCCAAUGUCGUUCGCAAAGCCGUGACACGGCGAGGUAACCUUUUGCCCAAGGAUCGAUCCGUCGCACGAGUCGCAGCCUCGUUGCAAGAUGAAAGCAAACCCGAAGACUCAGAGAUCGCCUCGGAGGCCAAAUUGCAGAAACGUCUCGGCGGGGACGCAACCUUGCCGCGCACACCUCGCUUCGGUCCCAGUGCCGGCAGCAGCUCGAGUGGCGCAGCCGGUGGCAGCAGCAGCAGCAGUGGCAAUGCCAUGCGGGCGUCGAAAUCGCCAUUCUUCGGUGCGACCGCUGGUGGGGCCAGUGGAGCAGGAGCUCUGCGUUCGGGCUUCUCCCGACGCAAGUAUAUGUGGGACGACGACGUGGACGACAUCCGAGGUGUGUUCGCAGCCGACGGUCUCGACGACGCGGAGAGCUCGGAUAUGUCUUCCGAAGAGGAGGAGAUGAUGAUGUACUACUCGCGCACCGAUUCGCUUUCCGACGAAGAGGAUGAGAUGCGCAGUCGUGCACCGGACGCCUCGAACAUGAUGCAAGAUAUUGCCUCUUCCUCCACCGUUCCUACUGAUCUGGCGAAUGCAGCCGGCGGAAACGACGCUUCUGCACAAGUCGACGGCGUGGGUGGUGGCGGUGUUGGGAGCACUGCGGUGCUAUCAUCUAGCUUCGGCUCCACCGCAACGACCCCCUCAGGUGUCGGCUCGCUGCCGAAACGCAAGAACAACGCGCUCUGGAUGGGAUUCCGCGACAAAGGCAAUGCGCACAGAUGGUCGCCCAGCGCUUCCGCUUCCUCCGGCGCCGCAGCUGGUGGGACUUUCGCCGGAGAACGCGCAGCCUGGCGUCGAGGAGCCGGCGCAAGCUCUGCAAUGGACCUCGACACCUCUCCGCGCAUCCUCGGUGCCGCCGGCUCGGGCGCCCGCCUCUCGAAACGCAAGACGAUGGGCGACGACAGGUACGAACCGUACAAACGACGCGCUGUGUCACCCAUGAACCUCGGCUCAUCGCUAGGCACCACGCCGACCAACGCGAGUUUCGCAGCGGCCGUAGCAGCCGCAGCGUCUUCCUCCAACACUGGCCAGACAGUCGGCGGUACCGGUGGCGGUGGAUCAAAUUCUCCCCUCCUGAUGCCCAUCUCUUCCCCCGGUGGAGGCAUGCUCUACCGCGGCAUACACCACUACGCAGCAUACCGCUACUCUACCUCUCCGACGAUCUCGCGACCCUGCACUCCGGUCAACUCCGCCUCUACUCCAGCGACGGCGGCAGCGGUGGCGUCGACGAGUGCGAUCGUCGCGAUGGGAUCCUUUUCGCCUGCUGCGUCGGGAAGUGGACCAGGGUACGGAUCGGGCGCGUUGGGGUUGUCGAUUUCAGCGAACAAUACGCAGAGCUUGGAGACGCGGAUGCAGCUCGAGCAGCAGGAGGAGAAUGAGGCGCUGAUGGACGAGAAGGUGGGUAUGCUGGGGUUGUCGUAA